AAGUACAAUAAUUUAAAAUUUUAAUGCAAUUUUUUUAAUAGAAGCUAUAAUUUGAGAGAUGUCUCCUUUUAAUCAUUUUUAUCGUUUAAGUAAUAUUUUUAUAGGAUCUUACAAGAACGUUUUGCAUAAAAGAACGAAUCCGUUUAAUUUAACACAAGUAUGCAACUACACACGAAAGUCAGCUGAGCAAAUGCUUGGUAUCGAUAAACCAAAAAGGCCUCUAACGCCGUUUUUUAAGUUCAUGGCACAAAUGAGGCCUGCAUUGCUGGCGAAAAAUCCAGGAAUGACUUCUAAAGAAGCUAUUACUUGGAGCUCGAAGCAUUGGCAAGAGUUGGAUGCAGAAACAAAAUCUCAGAUGGUCAAAGAGUAUGAGAAAGAUAUGGAGGACUACAAGAAAAUAAAAAAGCUGUAUGAAAGUUCCCUGAGUGAAGAUCAAAAGGAGGAGAUCAAAAGAGUAAAAGAAGAGAUAGCUGCUGCCAGGGAAAAAAGAAAAUUGAAAGCAGAAUUCAAAGAAAUGGGACGGCCAAAAAAACCUAUGUCCUCCUAUUUUCUAUUCAUGCAAUCCAGAAAGGAUUCCUUCCAAGGUAACAAUGUCAAGGAGUACCAGGAGAAAGUCAGAACAGAUUGGCAAAAACUCUCGGACAAUGAGCGGCAGAAAUUUGAGAAGCAAGCUCAAGACCUAAUGAAUAAAUAUAAGAAAGAGAUAGAAGCAUGGGAGGUUAAGAUGAUAUCAAUUGGGCGCGGGGAUUUGGUAAGAGAAAAAUCUUCCAAGCCAAAGAAGUCAAAGACCGUUAAAGAACAAUAGGGACUCGGGUGCUCUGAUGAUACAACUGAUACAAAAACAAGCUUGAAAGAUGACAAGUUGUCUAAUGAGAAAUGUAGACUGCAAGACAAUAUCGACCAGACAUCAGUUAAACAUCAGAGCACGAGUGAAAAGACUCCAAAGUCAGAGAAACCAGCAAAUACCUCGCCAAAAUCAGAUGAUAGUAAGACUAUUUUCAAUAGUAUUAAGAGUUUCUUUAAACUUUAGUUCUGCUUUUUGUCUCAUCAGCUAGUUAUCACUGUACAUUUUAUCAUUUUCAUAGUAUAGUUAUAAGACAAAUAAAUGCCAUGCUGUUUAUUA